AUGACAGUGGAGUCAGGUCCAACAUGGUCACAUAUCCUCCUCCUCUCGCUUAGGAGAUUUUCAAGAGGAAAUAGAAGAUAUUCAAAGCUGAGAUUUUGGCGCAAAUCUGCAAAAUCCAGGAUAGCUGUGGUCGAUACAGUAAGGAGGUUUGAAGAAGUGAGAAUGAAGGACGAUGAAACGUUUGACGAAUUCUAUGCUAAACUGAAUGACAUUGUUAACUCUAGCUUCAAUCUAGCCCUAAAAUCCAUCAAAGAAGAUGAAUCUUCUGAUACUGAGUCACUUAGGGACGAGGAAAUCGCGUACUUUGUUAAGAAAUUUCAAAAAGUUCUCAAGAAUAGGAGAAAGCCUCAGGAUAAAAAGAGUGGAGCUCCUAACAGAUUCACAAAAGUAAAAACUAAAACGUUUAACAAUAAAGGGUCGAGUGAUAAACCACGUUUGGUUAGGUGUCAUGAGUGUCAACGUAUAGGUCACUAUAGGAAUGAAUACCCUAGUUAUAAGAAGAACCAAAGAAAAGGGAAAUGUAGGGCCUUAGUUGUCUCACUUACAAAUAAUGAAUCUGAGACCAGUGAUAGACAGGAAUCUUCUAGUAGUGAGGACGAAGGAAACUAUAUGGCAUUUGUAUCAACUGUUAAGAGUGAAUCUGAUAAGGAGAGUGACAAGGUUGAGGUAGAACUUCCAAACGAUAAUUCUAGUAAUGAGGAAGAGGAUGACAUAGACAUACAAGAAAAUUCACUUAAGAGUGGCAGUGAGUUAAAGUGUGUCAAUGAGAAGUUAGAAGACAAGAUUAAGACUUUGACUAGUGAAUUGGUGAAAUCUAAUGCUCAUCUUCAGACUUUCGUAAGUGGGACUAAGAAAUUGGACAAUAUUUUGGAAAUGAAUAAUCCUGCAGGAGAUAGGAAGGGUCUAGGAUAUGUUGAGGGAAAUACACAUGUUGCUGGACCUUCAAAGACUGUUUUUGUUUCUGCCUCUAAGAAAGUUAAUGCUGUUAAUAGUUCAAAUAAGGGUAAGAAUGUUCCGAGAGAACAGAGUCAUCAAUCACGUAGGAACUUCAUACCCAGAUACCCUCAGCCACGUACCUUUGAGCCUAGGUUCAUUCCCACCUGUCACCACUGUGGAGCCUUAGGACACACUAGGCCUAGAUGCUACAGGUUAGGGAAUGAGCGUAAAAAUCUGAACAUUCCUAGUCAGGUUAGCUUUCUGUCUAAUCAGGUUAGUCAUUUGACUGAGAUGCUUACUAAGAUUACUAGGAGUACUUUAUCAUCUAAGAAAGUUUGGGUCAAAAAGGGUGAUCUAGCUAGACAUUCAGGUCAAGAAAAGUGUUUUGUUGCUCAUGUUGCAUUGAAAGCCCAAAACUACGACAUGUGGUACCUAGAUAGUGCAUGUUCUAGACGUAUGUGUGGUAAUAAGGCUUUAUUCACUACUCUUGAUGAAUGUACUGUACAAAUACAUGGUUUACCUGUGAUCUCUAAUGUGCUUUAUGUGGAAGGAGUUAGAACAACAGAUAGUUGUUAUGGAGUCUUGCCUAAUUCUAACUAUGUGUGUAGGAGUGCUAAAAUUGAUAUAGGUCCUAGUGAAAAUGUUGUGUGUGGACCAUGUCAACUGGAUAAACAACUUAAGGGGAGUCAUAAGAAGACUUCAAAAAUUCUGACCAAAAGACCCCUAGAAUUGAUACACAUGGAUUUAAUGGGACCAUCUAGGACUGAGAGUUUAGGUAGUAAGCGAUACAUUCUUGUUGUGGUAGAUGAUUUCUCGAGAUUCACAUGGAUAGAAUUGCUUAGGGAAAAAUCUGAUGCAUGUGAUCUCAUAAAAUCUUUGUGUAAACGGCUUAGCAAUCAACUAAAUCUCAAAGUGUCUAGAAUGCGUAGUGACCAUGGAAGAGAGUUUGAGAAUUUUAAUCUUGAAAGUUUCUGUAUGGAUGAAGGGAUAUUAGUUUACCUUAAACCCAAGACCGAUCAGACUCCAUAUGAGAUACUUAAGGGUAAAAAGCCUACUGUUAAGUACUUUCGAGUGUUUGGGAGUAAGUGCUACAUUUUGUGUGAUAGAGAGAACUUGAGUAAGUUUGAAUCGAAGAGUGAUGAAGGAAUCUUCUUAGGGUACUCUAGAAAUAGCCGAGCAUUUAGGGUGUAUAACUUACGUACUCAUGUGGUGAUGGACUCUAGUGAUCCUACUGAGCCACCUGUGUCUGAAUCAUCUCUUGGGAAACUUGAAACACCUGAAAAUAAAACAUUUCCACAAGAUCGAGAUAAAGAUCCUAAGGAACCAUCGACUAGGGUUAAGUCUAAUCAUCCUAAGGACAAUAUCAUUGGGGAUCUAGAUGAGGGUAUGAGGCUUCGUAGGAGAGUACUGAACAAUAUAGCAUACACUAGCUAUGUCUCUCAGGUAGAACCUAAGAAAGUUGAAGAGGCGCUUAGUGAUGAGUGUUGGGUGAAUGCGAUGCAUGAGGAGCUCAAUCAAUUUGCAAGGAACAAUGUGUGGAUCUUAGUUCCCAGACCUGAGAAUUGUAAUAUUUAUGUCGAUGAUAUUAUUUUUGGUUCUCCUCUUGAGUCUUUAGCUUAUGAGUUUGCUGAGUGUUUGAAGCAAGAAUUUGAAAUGAGUAUGGUUGAGGAGUUGAGUUAUUUCCUUGGACUUCAGGUGAGACAGAGAGAGGAUAGACUGUUCAUUUCACAGUCUAAGUAUGCUAAGGAUCUAGUUAAGCGCUUUGGGCUAGAUAGUAAAAAGCAUACUAGGACACCUAUGAGUACUAGUUUGAAGUGA